AUGUUAGUUCUAGUUCUGGGAGAUCUCCACAUACCUCAUAGAGCUAGCUCACUCCCAGCGCUCUUCAAGAAAUUAUUAGUCCCAGGACGGAUACAGCAUAUACUCUGCACUGGUAACCUUUGCACAAAGGAAUCCUACGAUUAUUUAAGAACUUUGGCGAAUGAUGUUCACGUUGUGAAAGGGGACUUUGAUGAGGUUUCCAACUACCCUGAUCAGAAGGUUGUAACUGUCGGACAGUUUAGGAUCGGAGUCUGUCAUGGUCAUCAGGUUGUUCCCUGGGGAGAUGCAGAGUCACUGGCCGUCAUUAACAGGCAAUUGGAUUGUGACAUCUUGAUCACAGGGCAUACACAUAAGUUUGAAGCAUAUGAGCAGGAGGGAAAGUUCUACGUGAAUCCUGGCAGUGCCACCGGAGCUUACUCUGCUCUGGAGUCGGAGAUCACACCGAGCUUUAUUCUCAUGGACAUACAGAGCGGGACCGUGGUGACCUAUGUGUACCAGCUGGUGGACGGGGAGGUGAAGGUUGACAGGAUUGAGUUCAAGAAAUCCUGA